UUUUUAUAUUCAUUAGUAUUAUGCAAUAUUACUUUGUGGUGAUCGGUGCAACAGAUAAUCCUUUAUAUGAAACUGAUAUUAUACCCUCUUCAAGAUCCUCAUCUAUCAAUGAUCCCAAUCGUGAUGAUCAUAAACAUUUGAAUCAAUUCAUUGUUCAUGCUGCAUUAGACGUUGUAGAAGAAGUACAGUGGAAUACACAAGCUAUGUAUCUGAAAUCAAUAGAUAGAUUCAAUGAAUAUUUUGUUUCUUGUUUUGUUACUGCUGGAAAUGUCAAGUUUAUGCUGUUACACGAUCAGAAAUCUGAAGAUAGUAUCAAGAACUUUUUUAAUGAAAUCUAUGAACAGUAUAUCAAGGUAUUGAUGAACCCAUUUUAUGAAAAGAAUAGCACAAUUACUAGUACACAAUUUGAUAGUCGUGUGAAAAUGAUUGCACGAAGAUUCCUUUAAAUAAAAUAUUUAUUUACCAUUUA